UUUGCGUGCCUUUGAAACAACCCCUACCCAAUUCCGCGUUCACCAGCAGCCAAAUCGCCAGCUGAGACUUUAGCCUUAACCUCAGAAGAGAGGCGCCUUUCUCCGCGUGUCUGUUCCCCUGCUAGAAAUACGUCUAAAUCGCGACUGCUAAAGACGAAGCUCUUCAGAGAUCAGCGAAGCCUCUGAUUGGCUGUCUAUUGAGUAAUUUUGAAUUUCUACGCGGAAGUAACAGUCAAUCAGACUCAACACGGAUUUUUUCAGUUUUAUGUCAUCAAGCAGCGGAUAAAAUGCGCAUGCGAAGAGACAGACGUUCGUUUAUUCAAGCUUGGCUGUUAUUGGCAGAUAAACUGGAUAUGGCAGGGGAGCUUGAAAGAGAAAGAACAUUCGUGUUUGGGCAAACAGAGAGAGGAAGAGUUUGGCUAAAGAAGAAUUGAAAAUAUCUUAAUUGACCUCUCACCCUAUAGGCUUUUGAAGGCCUAUGUAUAAAAUGCAGAAGCACACUGAAAAAGAACAUGGCCUGAUUAAUCCUAUAUAUUCCUUACUGGCAUAGGAUAGAUCCUUGUUAGUAUGAUCGCCAUUUAUUAACGAGAUUAUUUGCUUGCCUCUAAUACAGGCUGCCAUUGGUUCUGUGUCGUUAGAUAUGGCACGGCAGAAAGGCUUAACGGGACAGAUUGAGGAAGAGUUUGGAAUUCAGAUUCUGACCAUUGCUGUGCUGGGAAUUCUUAUCACUUCGCCCAUUGGAGCCAUAGGAAUCGUUUUGGCUGGACCAAGAAUGUUAGAACGCAGUCCUCCUCCAGUAGUAGAAAUAGAUGGCAUUCUCAAGGACUCUGCAGAAUCUUCUCAAAAACCAGAGAGUCCAUUGUUAGAAAGUACAGUCUGAGACUGGUAAUUUAUUUGAUGACUCAAAUAUAUGAAUAUGUAAGAAGUAUAUUCGCGACUAUACGCUAUUGGUUAUGUAUAAUGACUUAUAAAAAGUAACAAAAAAAUAUCGAUUUUCUUUUUCUUUCAUCCCAGAUAUAUUUAAUACACAGUAUUGGUGAUUUACUUCACACGGUUGAAGACUUAUGAAGAAAAAAAGUCUCAUCUUCGUUUACUAAGAAAAACGAACUAUUCAAAUGUAUGCGAUUAUUUUGCAUUUGUCGUAUUCCAUUUAACAUGCAAAAAAUGUUCCCCUUCUAAAGAAGGAAUUAUCUUCUACUAUAGCUAUAAGCUUUUCGCGUCAUAUUGCUAUGACUCUAAACGUAUGGAUAAUAAUGAUCUUAAGAUAAAUCGUUCAUAACAAUAAAGAGAGUAAUAAAAUUUCUAAUUAUAUCGUA